AUGAAGUCUUUGCUCUCUCUCACCCUUUGGGCUGCCACGGCCGUCGCCAAGACCGGGCUCUUGAUCCCUUUCUACGAAUAUCCCAACGAUGCUUCCAAGGGGGACUGGGACUCCCUCAUCUCUGCGAUCGAUGCGUACCCAAACCUGGACUUCUACGUCAUCAUUGACAAUCAGAGCGGCGCACCCUACGAGGGAGCGAACCCUCCCGAUUCCAUCAAGGAUUGGGCUCAGCGCCUGGGCCAACUGAACGAUCCGAAGAGAACCAACUCGUACCCGAUAGGAUACGUCUACACCACCCAGUCUGCGCGUACCUAUGCCGAUAUCACUCGCGGCAUCGACCAGUAUGCCAACUGGACCAAGGCCACCGGCUGGGACGGCGUCGACCACGAUAUUCACGUCGAGGGUAUCUUCUUCGACGAGGUCGACACCACGAAGCUGCAGGAGACCAAGACUUUUGCCACUUACGCUAAGUCGGUCUUUCAAGGUCGCGGUGGCCCCGUCGUGCUGAACCCUGGAGGCCUCGUCGCCGCCGGUAGCGAGUCUCUGUUUGAUAUCGCCGAUAGUAUUGUGCAGAUGGAGACGUGCUACACUACCGCCGAGGGCGCGACCAACCCCGACGGCAAGCCACGCUGCCCCAAGGGCCGGUACGUACCCUUCACCAAGGCGUCACUAGAUACCCUUGGCUCCAACGCCGCGAACAUCGCCAAGUCCUCGGUUCUCGUCCACGACUUCUACGAUUCUUGGAACCCGUACCAGCCCGCGCCCUUGUCUACGCUCGAGGAGGAUGUCAAGGCCAUCGUGAACAAGGGGGUGCACAGCUUCUAUAUCUCGCAGCAGGAGUGGCAGGGCGGCUUCAUGUCUGAGCCGGCGAGCAUAUCCAACAUCGCUAGACUUGCUGCCGCGGCUCAGGAUCUGUAG